UUCUAGUGUAGAGUGGAGCGCAGAGGGACAGAGGGACAGAGGGAUCAAGUCCCCAGAAAUGUCCCUCCUGGGAUGCAGGCUGCAGGCCCUGCCCUUACUUUGCCUCUCUGCGCUGCUUCUGGCCAACCUUGUAGCAUCCGUGACCACAGAAAGCCUGCUCCCCACGCCUAGCCCUGAGAACAGUCGCUGGAGCCUGGUGAGGGCCAGAGUGAUGGAGAUGGUGAAGCCGCUGGUGACCAGGACUAGGGACAGAUGGCAGUGGCUCUGGGGCCCUGGGGCUGUCCAGGGCUUUGUGCAGACCUACUAUGAAGACCACUUGAAAGACCUGGGUCCUCGCACUCAGGCCUGGCUGCAAAGCUCCAGAGACCAGCUCCUGAACAAGACCCACAGCCUGUGUCCCCGGCUGCUCUGCAGGGACUGGACUCAGGGUUAAAGUGCCACACACCUCCUCCCCCCACCUCCGGCACCCACAAUAAAGGUGUUUGUUUUUAAA